AUGGCCGAGUCAAAACCACUAGAUAUACCCAACGCGAAAGGCGAUGAUGCCCAUACCGACAGUGAAACUGCUUUCACUCUCGACCCAAUCGAGGCCCAGUCCACCCUUAGCUCCUCCCCCGAUGGUCUCCAUACUCCAACUCUCGGCCCUGUCAACCCUGGAAGCCCAAAGCUUUCGAGAAACCCGUCCUUUUCUGGGAGCAGUUCCUAUCAAGAGGACUGGGAUGUGUUCCCACCCCUUGACCGCAUCUCUGUGCUCGACCUUCUCGACAACUUCGCCUUGCCUCAACAGCUCGAGAAGCUACAGAAGGGCAUCUCCGCCCAGACGCAAAAGGUUCGCAAGUCAAGAGACGCUUUCAAAAACAAGAGCCAGCAUGCCCAGAAACGAGUGGUAGAGGAAUGGCGACGCCGCGUUCCCACUGCCGAGGAACAGCUUGAGAGAUACAGGAAGCGGAUGCGUACCAGCGUCGACAAGCUUGGAAAGCAGUGGAAUGACACCAGGGUAGUCACGUUGCGCGAAAAGGUGUCCUUCAUCUUUGGCGUCAUGAAUAUCUUCGUGAGCGGUCUUCUCAUGGGAGGCUGGCCCGAGUAUUUCCAUCUGUGGUACACGGUCCAAGUCAUGUACUUCAUGCCCAUCCGCUACUUCACCUACCACCGUCGUGGCUACCACUACUUCCUUGCGGAUCUAUGCUAUUUCGUCAAUUUUCUCCUGGUUCUAAGCAUCUGGGUCCUCCCUAGCUCAAAGCGACUAUUCCUGGCUACCUACUGCCUCGCUUUCGGCAACAACGCCGUGGCCAUCAUCAUGUGGAGAAACUCGCUCGUCUUCCACAGUUUCGACAAGGUCACUUCACUCUUUAUCCACAUCAUGCCCUGCGCAACACUUCAUUGCAUCGUUCAUCUAUGGUCGGAAGAGCUUCAGGCCAGCCGUCUCCCCUCUGUUUGGACGAUCAAACAUUCUCCUGCUGGUUCGCCAACGGCCUACGGAAACGUCAUCUCCAUGCUGGCUUGGAGCUCCAUCCCAUACGCUGUGUGGCAGCUAUCCUAUUACUUCUUCAUCACCGUUCGUAGACGCGAUAAGAUUGCUGCAGGACGGCCGACAUCCUUCACGUGGCUGCGCAGGUCAUACUCCAAAAGCUGGAUCGGCAAGGUUGUACUUUCGCUACCGGACUCCCUACAAGAAACGGCCUUCAUGUUGAUCCAGUACUCAUAUGCGGUACUUACCAUGUUGCCUUGUCCUAUUUGGUUCAUGAGCAGAUACGCCUCGGCAGGCUUCCUCACGGUUGUCUUCACAUGGAGUGUUUAUAACGGAGCAACCUACUACAUCGAUGUCUUUGGAACGCGCUUCCAGAAGGAGCUUGAGGCUCUCAGGGCCGAGGUUAAGCAGUGGCAGAACACGCCCGUGAUGAGCGGCCAAUCGCCCCUUAUGACGCCCAACCCUGAGAGAACCACGCCGAGCGAGCUCCACUUGACAAACACCAACGACUCAACGAGCGAUGGCAACAUUGUCAGUGCCCUGGAACAUGAGAAGACUGUGAUCGAGGAGACCAUCAAGGCGGGCGGUCCCUCGGAUCAUAUUCCACUGUUGAGCGAGGAGUUUUCGGCUCAAGCUGAGGCCAGCGGCGUGGACGGGGGCGCCAGAGAUGUUGCCAGAGAGAGGAAGGCGAGUUGA